AUGCUAGAGAUCUUCUAUGAUGGCCUCUCUGAGAUAUCUAAGAUAUCAUUUGACCACUCUGCAGGUGGAUCAAUCCACUGGAAGAAGACACCUGAAGAGGCACAGGAACUCAUAGACAUGGUUGCCAACAACCAGUCUUCCAUCAGGAAUUUGGAAGUACAGAUUGGUCAGCUGAGUAAGAGGAUCCCAGAGAUCCUCUCUAACACUCUUCCAAGUAACACAGAGAAAAAUCUUCCCAGCAACACAGAAGUAAAUCUAAGGGAAGAGUGUAAGGCCCUCAUUGUGGAAGCCAAAGCCAAACCCACGGAGGAACAUACUACUGAGGAACUGAAGGAAAUCGGGGCUCAUGAGGAAGUCCCUAUGCACGCCCCUCUACAGGCAGAGGAGCCUGAAGAAUACUCCUCCUCAGAUGAGGAAGAAGAGACCAAGGAGGAGCAAAUUGCUCGCUUUCUAGCAAUCCUCAUGAAGAUGAAGGCUAGUUCCUCUUAUGCAGAGGCGUUGGAGAAUGAGCCUCCAGUGCUGACCAAGAAGCUCAGUGCCUUGGUUCAGAAGAAGCUGCUUCAGAAGCUACCGGAUCCCGGAAGCUUCCUAAUUCCCUAUACUAUAGUGACAAUCACCUUUGAGAAGGCAUUAUGCGACCUUAGCUCAAGCAUUAACCUCAUGCCUCUCUCGGUAAUAAUGAGACUGAGAAUUCUAGAGGUCCAAUCUGCUAAGAUCUCACUGGAGAUGGUAGACAAGUCCCUAAAAAGGGUAUAUGGCAUGGUGGAUGACGUCCUGGUGAAGGUUGAGGACCUUUACCUCCCUGCUGAUUUCGUGAUCAUAGACACUGGGGAGGACAGAGACGAAUCCAUCAUCCUUAGAAGGCUUUUCCUUGCUACUGCUAAGGCCUUAAUAGAUGUGGAAAAGGGAAAGCUAGUUCUGUAG